UAUAUCUCGAUAAAUCAACAAAAUAGUUAAUUACACUCUGGCUAACGAAUCCAAAGAAAAAUUACUCAGUAGUGAGAUAUACAUAAACGGAGAACAAAUUCUUCGACAUGAAGACCGGCGCUGUUGCAUUGAAGGUCGCUUUGGUUUUCCUUGUAUCAGCAUUCAUCGUCGCCUCAGGUUCGGCUAAGAAAUCUGUCGAUGUGACGGAGCUGCAGAUCGGCGUGAAGCACAAGCCUAAAACCUGUGAAUUUCAUGCUCACAAAGGUGACAAUGUGAAGGUGCAUUACAAGGGUACACUCACAGAUGGAACAGUUUUUGAUUCAAGCUACGAAAGGGGGGACCCGAUUGAAUUUGAACUUGGUAGCGGUCAAGUAAUCAAAGGAUGGGAUCAAGGAUUAUUGGGGAUGUGCGUUGGCGAGAAGCGGAAACUAAAAAUCCCUUCUAAACUGGGUUAUGGCGAACAAGGGUCCCCACCAACCAUUCCAGGUGGUGCAACACUCAUCUUCGAGACGGAGCUGGUAUCAGUGAAUGGGAAGCCAUCGACAGACAACAAAGCAGCAGAUGAUAGUGAACUGUAAGAAAACCAUAUAUAGGUUUGUGGCGACUUUGCAAGGGUAGACUUACAGCAGUUUCCUCAUAUUUUUCAUCCUAUGAAGUUUUUUACUAUGCUGCCUCUUAUCUAUGUAUCUGUGAGAUGGACGAUCGAUCAAUCCUCCUUGUAUGUUUAGGGGCAGAUUUCUCAUUGAAUGAAUGAUGAAUGUUCCGACACGGAUUUAUUACAGGACCUGCAUGCUUUUUAUUUAUCUCAGUAAGAUUAUUGUUA